AUGGCGACAUUCAGACGAUUCACGAGCCGGAAGUCACUCCCACGCAUCAUGAUUUCAGACAACGCCACGACGUUCAACUCUGUGGCACGCAAUAUAAGCGAGCUGACGCAAUCCAGAACUGUUCGUGAAACCCUCAACAACGGAGGAACUGAGUGGAGAUUCAUACCUAAACGAGCUCCAUCGUUUGGUGGUUGGUGGGAACGGCUAAUUGGACUUACUAAAACCACCAUAAAGAAAGUUCUAGGUCGUUCAUUUGUCACCUUCGAGACACUACAAACGUUGGUUACAGAAAUAGAAACCAUUAUGAAUGACAGACCACUCACAUAUGUCUCAUCUGAUUGUACCGACCUACAACCCCUGACGCCAGCCCAUCUACUUUACGGUCGGAGAGUUAGUUCCCUUCCAUACCAAGAGAUUGCGGAAAAUGUUGAAACCGACAUUAUUUUUAGGUAA